AUGUCUCGCCCUACCCUCAAGACGCCACUAUGCGAGCUGCUCGGAAUCGAGUACCCGAUCAUCCUCGCCGGCAUGGCCAGGACAUCCUCCGGUCCACUGGCAGCAGCAGUAUCGAAUGCCGGCGGACUGGGUGUCAUCGGCGGACUGGGCUACACACCAGACCAACUACGCGCCAUCAUCGCCGAGACCAAGGAGAACCUGCGAGACAAGAACCUGCCGUUCGGCGUUGAUCUUGCACUCCCACAAGUCGGAGGCUCCGCGCGCAAGACGAACCAUGACUACACACACGGCCAGCUGGACGAGCUGAUCACCGUGACGAUUGAAGAGAAGGCGAGCUUGUUCGUCUCAGCUGUUGGUGUGCCACCACCACAUGUCAUCAAGCGACUACACGAUGCUGGAGUCCUAGUCAUGAACAUGGCCGGACACCCAAAGCACGCACACAAGGCGCUGAAGGCAGGUGUUGAUAUCGUUUGCGCGCAAGGAGGAGAAGGAGGUGGACACACUGGAGACAUCGCCACCAGCAUCCUUAUCCCAUCCGUGGUCGAUGUCGCCAACCAGUACCAGAGCCCCAUGACCGGCAAGCCAGCAAUGGUUGUCGCCGCAGGUGGCAUCUACAACGGCAGAUCGCUGGCGGCCACUCUCGGCUACGGCGCUGUCGGUGCCUGGGUCGGCACACGAUUCGUCGCAGCAGAAGAAGCAGGAUGCAGCAAGCUGCACAAAGAGGCAGUCGUCAGCGCAGCCUUCGAAGACACCGCACGAACACUGGUCGUCUCUGGACGUCCACUACGGAUGAAGCUCAACGACUACGUCAAGUCUUGGGACCACGACAGGCCGCAAAAGGUCAAGGAGCUCACCGACAAGGGCAUCGUACCCUUGGCUCACGACAUGGACAACGAUGUCGAUGUCGACAUUCCUUUCUUGAUGGGUCAAGUCGCUGGUGCCAUCACAGAGAUUAAGCCUGCUAAGGCGAUUGUUGAGGAGAUGGUCACGGAGUGUGUGGAUAUUCUGAAGGCACAGCAGAGUUAUAUUGGUGAGAGCAGAGCUAGGUUGUAG